AUGCGGGCGGGCGGCGGGGCGGCCGCGGCGUUCGCCGGGCUGCUCGGGGCGGCGGCGGCGGCCGCGGCGAAGCUGGCGCUGGGGCCGGGCGAGGAGGCGGCCGGCGGCCCGCUGCCAGUGCUGCUUCGUGUCAGCUGUGUUGGCUUGGUGUUUGCGUGCAAUGCGGUGAUGUGGACGGUCUUUGCAAAAGCCUUGCGACUCUCUUCCUCCUCGGCUGCUGCCUCUGUGACGACGACAGCCUCCAACUUCAUCUCUUCGGCAAUCCUGGGCAAACUGCUCUUCGGGGAGACGUGGUCGCCUCUGUGGUGGGUCGGCCUCUCCGUGACACUGGGCGGGCUCGUGCUGCUGCACACAGCUGCGCCCCAGCUGGUGCAGAUCCCGGCAGAGAAGAAGGAGUGAGAGCUGCUGGAGGGGGCCACAGUGCCGUGCUGCCCCUCUCCAGCCUGUCUCAUGAUGGCAUCCCCAGUCCCCACCAACCUCUGAACACAACCUGAACACAGGACCUGCUGACCCCUGCUCACCUGUUGACCUGCUGACUUGCAAAGUCAUGUUGUUUGAAUCUUUCCUGGCAGGUUGGCGGUGGUGUGGUGGCAGUGACAGCCUCGGAGGGAGCUGAUCCACUCUGAGUCAGUAUUGUGAAAAUCAGGGCCAGAGGCUUAUCAGCUGCUCCUCCUCUUCACACCCUGUGGCUGUGGAGCUUUCCCAGUUCAGGGAAGGCUGAAAGUAAACAUGGUGGCUGUGGAAGGUGCCUGUGCAUUGGUACUUUUCCAUAAAACAAUCUAUCCCAAAAUAGAAUCGCAAUCAGAAGUAGAUGCUGAAGGCAGCUGAUA